AUGGUAAUCUAAAAAAUUCAAGUUAAUUGUGAAGGAUUGAGAUUAUGUUUUAUCAACAAUAAUCUUUUCAUAUUUCAACCUUUCAAAGAAAAUUUGAUGUAUAUCUAUAAGAUGAAUAAUGUAAGUAAUGAGCUCACUAAAACUAAGUAUAUCGAGGUGGGUUUUAUAUUCUUACCAUAUUAUUAUAUUAAAUCAAAAGAUUUACUCUUGAGUAAACGCGAUAAGCAUAUCAAUGUAAUGAGAAUGACAGGCAAUGAAGAAUUUAAAGUUGAAGCAGGCAAUGAAUUUAUUGUUUGGAAGCACUAAUUUCAGGAUCCUUGA